GGGGCCCACGCCCGAAAAUUCCAAUGGCUGUUGAUGCAACCAAUAAACUACCCACUUUAUCUCCCUUUCUCCAACUCUGCUCCCAAUUUUCAUUCUAUUUUUUAACCAUCCGAGAAAUUAUCAUCAGAAAUGGCAGACCACGAGGCCGAUACGAGGCCUGGCUCGGUCAAGGCAGCCGUCCAGCGAAUUAGCGAAGGCAACUCCAAGCUCAACAACUUCCAAACAUCAUUUCAGGAGAAGGCUUUCGUCAAAAGGAGAGAGCUCCAUUGGGCAAAGAGAGAUACUAACCUUUUUGCCGAGAGCAGAAAGAAUGCUGAGCUGGUAACUGCUGAAGCGAGGUCCGAGCUGUUUGCUGCAAAGAAAAUGGCCAAGGAUCUAAAGCAAAGAAUCGAUGAGUCGAAUGCCAGAGCAAAAUCAGAGAUGGAGGACUUGGAGAAGCUGCGGAUGGGUAAGCGAGAGGAAGAAGAAUGGAACAAUGCGAAUUUUGAGUGUGAGAAAGUGAUGAGAGAAUUGGAAAUGGUGAAACGAGAACUGAGCAAGCUCAAGAUGGAUAUGGCUUCCGUCAUGGAAGAGAGGAGGCGGGCGGAGAAAGAGAUGAAUGCAUCCCUUUCGAAAAGAGAGACUUGCUUGAGUUCAGUUGAAUCACUUACCAAGGAGAUUGAGGAGGUCAAUGAAGAGCACGUACUGGUUGAGCUGGCCCGAAUCGAAGCCAUUAAGGAGUAUGAAGAAAUCGAAACUCAAACCAGAGAACAGGCUCGAAUCUACGCAUCUGCAACUGCAAUAGAGCUAUCUCAGAAGAAAACGCAAACCAUCAUUGAUGCAAAACAACUCGAAGCAAGACUGAUGGCCACCAUGUCGGAAAUCAGUGUGUUAGAGAGCGAACUCAAAAUGAAAAAGGGAGUAGAAAAUAUUCAGGAAGUGGAUUCUGCGUCUUUGUUAGAGUCGGUGCUGAAAGAGUUGGUCGCAACAAAAAAGGAAUUGGAACAAGUUCAAGAAGGAAGCUUCCAGUUUAUGGCUUCCAUGGAUGUUGUCCGGGAUGAGCUCACGCAUGCCAUGGACCAAACAACUCGAUUAAAGAAGGAAGAAGAGGAAACAGAGAUGUUUAUACAAAGUCUCAAUUCAAAGCUUCUAAAAGCCAAAACCAAGCUGGAAGAAACAUCUGCGGCUGAAGACAAGGCAAAAGAUAUCAUAUCGAAUCUCAAGCUCACACUUGAACAGCUCGAGUCAGAAGCUGAAACACACGAGAAAGAGAAGUCGCUCAGCAGCGAAGAAACUGCAGUUGUCAAGGCAGAAAUUCAGAAAUCAGAGAAAGAGAUAGACUUGUCUGAGGAAAGAUUACAAGCUGCGUUACAAGAUCUCAAAGCUGUCAAAUCAUCAGAAGCAUUGGCGCUCGAGAAUCUGAAAUCUGUUAUCGAGAAGACAGUGAGAAAUAGAGGUUCAGCCUCUCGGCCUAGCUCAAUGAUAACUAUUUCAAAGUUUGAAUACGAGUACCUGAAAGGGAAUGCAGCGGGGGCGAAGGAGAUAGCAGACAAGAAGGUUGCAGCUGCUCAGGCGUGGGUUGAAGCUUUGAAGGCAAGUGAGAAAGAAAUUCAGAUUAAAGCAGAGCUCUUCAGAAGAGAAACGAGAGAGCUACAAGUAGAGGAAGAACGCGAGGUUCAUCAAACAGAAACAGAAGGAUCAAAAAAAAGAGAUGAAAAUGAGUUUGAGAAAUGGAGGCAAAUGAUGGAACCAGAAAAGUCGCUUGAUGUCAAAGCCAUGAACAAAAGCGUUAAAAGGACACCAACAAGACGAGGAAUGGCUCGGAGAUCCGCUUCUCCAGUUGUUCAUGGUACUCCUCGGUCAACUUCUUUCACGGUCGGGAGGAGGAGAAAGGUGAUGCCAAAUCUAGCCAAGUUUUUUAGCGGAAAGCCAAUUGAGAGUGAUGUACAACCCACAUAGAAACUUCACCAGUAAAUCAGGCAUAGUUCAUACCACCAAAUAAUGUCUUGCUUGCUUGGUAAGUUGAUCAAUUUUAGCUCCUUGGCUUGUAUUUUGGGAUUGUACACAGUUACCAGUUUUGAGAGGGAGAAUGUUGUUAUCA